AUGAGCGUCAACAGCGCCCUCGUCACCUGGAACAUUGCCCAGGUCGCCCUUGUCGCGGUCCACGCCUCCUUCGUGCUCACCCAACCCGCGCCGACUUCCGCCCAACUCGUCCUCGUCCCGACGCAUGCGCUUCUAGCCGUGCUGUUGAGUCCUGGGUUGCUGCCACCCAUCGAUGAUCCACCGGUUAGACCCAGCCGGACAAAGAAGCCUAUCUCAGCCCCGUCGACACCACGCAAGCCGCGUAUCGUAACCCCCGACACACCACCCCACACGCCCACCCCCAAGACUCCGCGCCGCCGCCCACCAGCCACUCCAUCCAAACCGCUCUCGCCAUGGCGCCCAACAGUCACCCCACAACCAUAUUCGCGCGUGCGCCGCACGCGAACAGCCCCUUGCCCACCUCCAACCCUCCCCCUAGAGUCGGUGCUAUCCUACCUCGACUACGCCGACCUCCUCACCCUCCGCAUCGUGAACAGAGAAUACCGCGUCGCCGUCGAUGCGCACUUCCACCGCGCACUGCAGCUCAACCACAUAGGGUCGCGCGCGCACGGUCGCUCCCUCGCACCGCGAACUUGGGGCCGGCGUAUCCCGCGCCUCGCACUCCCACGAUCCCUCUCACAGCCGUCGCCGGUACGCGCACUGCACUUGGUGAAUGGUGCUGCGCCGUUGCGCGUCCUCCGCGGCCUCGAGGUUCUGCGCGUAGGGCCUGUGCAGAAUGUCACCCACCCCGCACCUACCACCAUCGUCAUGGCAACGCCCGUGGUAGCAGGAGCGGAGUGGGCACUCGCACCACGAUACGAGUGGCCCGACCUCAGUGACGGGGUGCACAAGCUCGUCAGCACGAUGCUGUAUGUCCACUCGUCUCUCAUUGGGAGCGAGGACGCGCCGCACACCCUCCUGCCCUCCCACAUUUCUGAAGUUGUCCUGCACAUCUGCCGAUCUUCUCACCCGAGCCGAUCUCGGCCGCUCUCCGACCGCACCAACCUGUUCUCUAACGGCACGCCCUCCAUUCUCGUCGUGCGUGGCCUGCACGGACGCGGACCACGACACGUCCUCCGCCUCGUGAACAGCACCGCCCGGCCCCGACUCCGGAAUGGCACGGUCUCCACUGUCCUCCCCGAAGAACCGGUGUAUGAUGGCCAGCCCAAGUUGCUCGACGACUGGGCGCGCGCUAUCGCGCGUAACCUCCCAGGACGCGUGUUUACGCUUGUCGGGUCGGAGGGCUGGCACCCGCUCUGGCUCGCGGCCGGGUACAGCCCGGUGGAGGGCAAGGACGUCGUGUGCAACCUUCGCCUCAGGUUCAUCGCUGAGAUUGCGCGGCUCGCGCGGGCACUGCACGACUGGAGUGUUGAAGAGACAGCACGGGUUGUGGAGGAAGGUGUGCAUUUCGUCACGGUCGCCGAGUACUGUGCCAGCGUCGGACGGACGCAGUACGACCUAGAGACGCGGUGGUGA